GUGAUCCUUCCGUUGACUUCUUUUUCUGACUUACUCCAAAGAACGCCAUUCAUUAGACCCCACUUCUAUAUCAUCUAGCAUUCCGUGCGCCUUACGUAUCUAAUCGUAAAGGAAGGCCUGUGGGCUUAAAAAUAGCGUCAAUAGACACACGCAAAAUGUAGCAUUCUUCGCCAUGGCUCAGAAUGAGUGUCCAUCUGUUGCAGAGCUCCUUAACGGUGUAAAAUCCUUAACAAGGCAGAACGAUGGCACAUUCCAAACUGCAUGGAGCGACUCCUUCCCUGAUGCAUACCAUUGCUGCGAACAAGGCGGUUUCAUCUACGUUGACUUCCCAGUGCCCAGCACAGUAACCAGAGCCUGGGUCACCCGGGCUCCAAAGGGAGUGACUAUGAAUCAAAGAACGACGGGGCCGAACGCGGCAAUAGAUUUGAACAAUCCAGGCAUUCAGAUGAACAACGUCAUCUUGGCGGCAAACUUCCACACCCAUCCCCUUUCAAGCAGCGUCGGGGGUGAUCCUCAACCAUCCCGAGCUGACAUGACAAACGCAUACGCUCGUGGAAUGCCAGGCAUUGUCGUCUCUCGGGAUGGAAUCUAUUCCUACGGUCCCGAACGACGUGAGAAUACGAGUAACCCUAAGGGAUAUCCUGAGCCCGUCACCCCACCUUCUGUUCCUCGGUCGACUCUGGCGAAACGUCAACCCCCGCCUUGGGUGGUGAGUAACCAGUGGCCAGAGGGCACCGGCGUAGCCAUUGCGCACGCGUUUGUGGAGAAUGAGGCGACGGCUGACGCUAACGCAAGUGGCCCCGACGUGAUUUAUGUGGAGUGGUCCGACGAAGGUGUCGUAUAUGGCGAACCUUUGAUUGAAAGCGAGGAUUAGAUUGAGAUUCGCAGUGAGGCGGACAAGUAGUAAAUUCUGUUGACU